CGGAAGUAAAGGGUGCGGUUGUAACUACAUAGCUGAUAAACUGAAACGCUUUAAAAUAGUUUUAUUUCAAAUUUGAUCGGCUCAGAUUGCUCAGGCAAAAUAUAUUCCUCCCCUUUAAACCGCGUAUACCUUUAAGUCCGCCCGGCUCUGACGGUGUGUGUGUAUGUGUGUGUGUGUGUUUAAUGGUUUGAGCUCGAGCUCUCCUGUCAAUAUCGCACUUUAAAUGCUCCAAUGUAAUGCGAUGGGAUUCUGAUCAUGGAUAAAACCCGAAUCCUGAUCGUGUGUUUGGCUGUGUUGGGAUUUGGUGGAGGAUGUGACGGUCUGUUGUGUAACUGUACCACGUCUCAGUGUGAAAAGAAUGGUUACCGCUGUGAGACGACGGGGGCCUGCAUGGCUUCAACCUCCCUUAUUGAUGGCCAGGAGCAGCACGUUCGAAUCUGUAUCGAUAAAGAGAAGCUGGUUCCUCCUGGGCAGCCUUUCUUCUGCCUGAGUGCCGAGGGGCUGCUCAACAUCCACUGCUGCUAUACGGACUACUGCAACAGUCUGGACCUCAAGGUGCACUCGGUGACUGUGCAGCCUAACUCGUCGGCCAUGAUGGGCGGCUGGGGGCCGGUGGAGCUGGCCGCCGUGGUUGCAGGUCCUCUGUUUGCACUGUUUGUGCUGGUUUUGCUGGGCCUCUUCCUUUUCCAACACCACCAGAGAGCCUAUGGCCACAGACAGAGGCUGGAGGUGGAGGACCCCAGCACUGAGCACCUGUACCUGACUAAGGACAAAACGCUGCAGGACCUCAUCUAUGACUUGUCCACAUCUGGCUCAGGAUCAGGUCUGCCACUGUUUGUGCAGAGGACAGUAGCCCGGACUAUUGUGCUGCAGGAGAUCAUAGGGAAGGGCCGCUUUGGAGAGGUGUGGAGGGGGAAAUGGAGAGGAGGAGACGUGGCGGUGAAGAUUUUCUCCUCUCGAGAAGAGCGCUCCUGGUUUCGCGAAGCUGAGAUCUAUCAGACCAUCAUGCUGCGGCACGAGAACAUUCUGGGCUUCAUCGCUGCCGACAACAAAGAUAAUGGCACAUGGACUCAGUUGUGGCUGGUGUCUGAUUAUCACGAGCACGGCUCUCUGUUCGACUAUCUGAACCGAUACUCCGUCACCAUAGAGAUCAUGAUCAAACUGGCGCUUUCUGCCGCCAGUGGCCUGGCACAUCUGCAUAUGGAGAUCCUGGGCACUCAGGGUAAGCCUGGUAUUGCUCACCGUGACCUGAAAUCAAAGAACAUUCUGGUAAAGAAGAAUCUCACGUGUGCUAUUGCUGAUCUGGGCCUCGCAGUACGCCACGAGUCUGUAACAGAUACCAUCGACAUCGCCCCCAACCAGCGCGUGGGCACCAAGAGGUACAUGGCUCCUGAGGUGUUGGAUGAGAGUAUCAACAUGUGCCACUUUGACUCCUUUAAAUGUGCUGACAUCUACGCGCUGGGGCUGGUGUACUGGGAGAUCGCCCGCCGCUGCAAUGCCGGAGGUAUCCAUGAGGAAUACCAGCUCCCCUACUAUGACCUGGUGCCCUCUGACCCAUCCAUUGAGGAGAUGAGAAAGGUGGUGUGUGACCAGAGGUUACGACCCAAUGUGCCCAACUGGUGGCAGAGCUAUGAGGCGCUGCGUGUGAUGGGGAAGAUUAUGAGGGAGUGCUGGUAUGCCAACGGUGCCGCUCGACUGACCGCUCUGCGCAUCAAAAAGACCCUGUCUCAACUCAGUGUGGACGAGGACGUCAAGAUGUGAAAGAAGCCCAAGCAGAGUGACGGUCACAGAACAUUGUAACAAAAAAGCAUACAAAAUUACUACUACUCCAAACUAUCCUGCCAGUUUGAGAAAAUGUAACGCCGUCAGUCAAGUUGUGACGCGGCCUACCUCACCCACAAAGCCAAAACUACUAACAAAAUUGUAUUGCAUCAUAUUCUUGAACUCAACUGCUCCUCCAUCCCUUUUUAACGUGCGGCCGCCGACUGCAAGUCCUGAUCCUACUGAUCUACAGUGCACUGCUGCCCCUAUAAUAGCUGAUAAUAGCAAAACUGUAUUAUCAUGGUAUUGAUAUUAAAUUUCCCAAAUAUUUCACUUAGCCCCAUAUCAGCAGCUCGGAGCAGAGAUCACUUUUAACUUGCAUAUUGUGUGAACUCCUAACGUGUCACUGAAUCCAGUUCAGGGCUGCUAUCGUGUCAAGAAGUGAAAUUUGAAUGUGGGUUUGUACAGAUCUUAUUGCACUCCGUCUGUCUCGCUCUUGUAGGAACGUGGGUUGUAUGUGUUAAACUUUAGCAGAGUAUCUUACUUGAAUGCAGGUGCUAUUUUAAGCUUUAGCUUUUGGUAUAAUUGGGGUGCAUAUAGUUUUACCCAAACCUCAGAUUUAAAGCGAGGGUUAAAUAAAAGACAGAUUGGGUCGGUCACUCCAGGGAAAGCUGACAUCUAUCUUGAAAAAUAUCUAAAAAAUAUAUAUAUAUAUCUGUUAGGUUAUAUUCUGGCACUACUGAUGUAUGUGUUCAGUGGAGUGACUUCAUGAAAGCUGGACAGUGCCUAAAAUGUUUUUUUUCUUUUUUCUUCAUGAGACAUGAAUUAAUCUGUUAUUACUGCAUUCAUUCAUGGAUGACCUAUGUAUUUUGUGUGUAAUGUGUGUGUGUGUGUGUGUGUGUGUGUGUGUGUGUGUGUGUGUGUGUGUGUGUGUGUGAACUGGAUAUUCGCCAUCUCUCUCCUUCUAUGACUCAUUCACACACUUGGUGAAUGGUACAUUGUGUAUUUAUUUUAGGUUUAACAUUCUGCAUUUGCUCUUUUUGCUUUAGUGUCAUUCGAUUUCUCUUUUACUCCAUAAGUAAAGCUAAAUGUAUAUAGAAUGUAUUUUUGGAAAGGUACAGCAGUGUAUAUCUCAUUCCCUUUUGGUUUUAGGUUGAUUAGAUACUAAGCUAAGUGAAAGUGUUGGGGUGAUUUUUAGCUGCUCUCACGCUGAUGGGAUUGGUUGGUGGGAUGAAGCUCUCUGAACAUAACCCCAACACACUGAUGAAUUUUCAUUUUUGGUUCCACGUUUUCACUUAUCACUGUAGCAUCCCGUAGCAACAGUAUGACCAAUUUAACAGUAUCUAUUUGGCAAUAUGCCUUUUAACCUUUUGAAAGCACUGGAAAUGUCGAGUAGAUGAAAGGUUUAUGCAAUAUUCACAGGGAGUGCACCAGUUAGGUAGAAUUUACCUACAUGCCAAACUGAAACUUGAUGGAGCAUUAGUACUUUUAACAGUACACUGGCGUAGUGUGCAUGUGGAGACAGGACGAGCUGUUAAACCUUACCUUAAGGAGUGGCGUCAGCUCUUUGACACUGUAUUUUUGACUACUAAACCACACAAGAACCUUUUAUAUAAUCAGUACUACUGCCCUGCUCCUGCUCACUCUCCCUUACUCUUCUUGAUAUGCAAGUUGUAAAUAGUUUGUAUGUAUGAUUUCCCCCCCUCCGGAUGGGUUUUUUUUUUUUUUUUUUUUGAAUCCUAUAGACAGUUCUUGAAGCUUGCUGUAUUUUUGUGAUGAACUUUUUUUUUGUUGAGUGUACACUCACAGGUACUACUGAUCUCUGAUAGUUCUUUCUCUCUCUUUAGAAUAUUCAGUCUUAAUGAUCGGUAUACAGAUACUCACUGUAUAAAUAGGAUGCGUAGUCAUGUUAAAAGAUGAAGAGUUCUUAGGAUUCGAUGCCAACUUGGCAUGAAAUUGUUAAUCGAAACCUCUCUAGCAUGUGAAAGCCAAAAAUAAUAUUUAUGGAGAGUUGGUUGUCUUUUCUGUGGUUCUUAUGUUCUUAUUAGGACUCUUGUUUUUACGGGGGAAAACCUGUAUGUGUUUAUUACACUGGAAUAUACACUACUGAAUACACUACAGUACUCUAAAAUUUAACGGCAAAAUCCACACUAUUGUCUGUGCUCUGCUGAUCCUGAAACUGCUCUUUUGGUGCAGCCUCAGCCAGUUGUGAAAUUGUUCAUUUUUAGGUACAGAUAAGAUUUUUUUUGUUUAUUUUUUGUCUAUUUGAUUUCUUUCCUAUUACGCAGUGGUAUUUUUUUUUUUUCCACUUUGGUUUCACCUCUCCAGCUGAAAGUGUAUGUACAUAUAUUUAUAGCUUCCUGACAAAGUUUCUGCUGCUGCUGUGUUUUGGAGGCAUGAGCAUAGUCAGGGUUAUAAUAUUUAUGAAUUUAGGUCGGCUCCUGUUAUGCUUCUAAUUCAGAAGAGACCUGUGUAGCUAUGAUGCCUGAAAUGCCUCGUCGUUAUUCUAAUACACAGGCUGGAUAUGAGCCUUCGUUCCUAUGUAUUACUAUAAGGAAAGGUGUAUAUUGUAACAGACUGACCUUUGACCCUGCAACCUGUCUGCUGAGUAUAAUCUCAGUGAGCUCCUAAACCCAAAUCAGUCUUUUCAGGAAUUGUUUCCAAUCAUGUACAUAAGUAAUAUUAUACAGUAAUAAAGACAUUUUCCUACA